AUGAUGAGAGUUGUUCACCGCGUGCGUGGAUGAGCCAGCCAUCUGAGCAGCCCACGUUGCUCCAGAGCAAUCAGUCUUACUUUGGAAAGCAGGAACAUUUGCAGCGCUCCCCUCUUCAGUGAAAUAAACAUGGCUAAGUUUGUCAUCUGAGCAAGAGAAAGUGAGGCUCGCGCGUAAGUGGUGAGAUUACGGACGCGCUGGUGAGCGCUCCAGCUCCGAUCCCCGCGCUUUGAAGAUUAGAGUGCUGACGACGUCUGAAGGACAUUAAGAAAGGGGAUUAAGUACUGUGCAGCGUAACCCACUUCUCAUCACUCCUGCAUUUUGUCCUUUUUAAAAAUUGCACAAUGACCCUUGGAGCGCUUGGAGAACAGCGGGUGCGCCCGUGAGGUGGACAGGCAAUAAGGCUUGACAGAAGAUGCAACGAGGGAGGCGGCUCGUCAGAUGGAUCGGGACAGCAAUGGCAAUCCUCUCGUUGCUUAGUCACAGUCGGGGCCAGGAUGUCAAAGACUGGCAGUAUGAGGAGUGUAAGCUGUCCCGACCUGGCCCCCCAGCAACUAUAGUGACCAUCGAUGAGGAAAGCCCCAACGGAACGGUAUUGGUGGAGAACAUGCAGAUCUAUGGCAAUGCCCACGGUCCAGGCAGAACCAUCUCAUUGACACUGCUCGACAACUAUGAUUACUGGGUUAUAUUAGAACCAGCAAGGCAGAGACUCUACCUCAACAGCACUGGGCGCAGGUUGGAUAGAGAUCCCCCCAGCUCUAUCACCUCGAUUGUUGUCCAGAUCCAGUGCUACAAUGAGCUGGUUGGCACAGUCAUUUACCACGAGGUUCGGAUUGUUGUGAGAGAUAAGAAUGACAAUGCCCCUCGCUUUCAGCACCCACACUACUAUGUCUCGGUAAAUGAGCUCACACCAGUUGGAACAACCAUUUUCACUGGCUUCUCAGGAGAUAACGGUGCCACGGACAUUGACGAUGGGCCAAAUGGACAGAUAGAGUACAGCAUCCUUUACAAUCCAGGGAAUCCGGAAUCCAACAGGACAGUGAGAGUUGGAAACACUCUUUCAGGAACCAUCCUUCUGGCAAACAGACUAAACUACCAGGAGAUAACUCGCUAUCUGGUUUUGAUCCAAGCCAGUGAUCGUGCUCCUUACCCCCCCAACAGAUUAACAGCAACCACAACUUUGACUGUGGACGUCCUGGAUGGAGACAACCUGGGCCCCAUGUUUCUACCUUGUAUUUUAGUGAACAACACUCGGGACUGCACUCCUGUCACUUACCGCACUGCUAUACCAGAGCUCACUGAACCGAGAAAGCUAAACCCCCUGAAUGUGACUCCACCCAUCGGGGCCGUGGACAUGGACAGAAAUAUACAGCCCCCUUCAGAUCGACCUGGCAUCCUCUACUCCAUCCUGGUUGGCCAGCCAGCCACAUACGCAGAGUAUUUCUCCUUGAACAGAAGCACUGCAGAGCUGCUAGUUCUAAAGCCAAUUAGCAGGGACUUCUAUCAGAGAUUCACACUCGUCAUCAAGGCCGAACAGGACAAUGGUCACCCUCUGCCAGCCUACGCUGACCUCAUUGUUGAAAUCCUCGAUGAAAACAACCAGGCGCCAUACUUCCAGUUUGCAACCUAUCAGGGUUACGUGAGCGAGUCCUCCCCUGUGGGAACAACGAUCUCAGCCAGUGCCAACCUCACUGUCCCAUUGGGAAUCGUUGCUUUGGAUAAUGACAUAGAAGAGCUUGCUCCUGGUGAUACACCUACGAAAGACCCUCAGUUGAAGAUCACCCUGAAUGAUUACAUCACAGUCUUUGGUCUGACUCCGACGGGAAUCACCCGCUUCUUGAGGCUCUUGGAACCUGUGGACCGUGAGACGAAGAUGUCCUAUACCUUCAUGAUGAUAGCAUCCGAUGGUGUCCAACAGAGUAUCCCAGUAACUGUCAACAUCCUGGUUAUUGAUGCUAAUGACAAUACGCCGACCUUUACUAAAGUGUCCUACAACGUUGAAGUCUUCACCAACAUGCAGCCAGGGGAGACAGUGCUACAGUUAACAGCCACAGAUGCUGAUGAGGGCCUGAACGGUCUGGUGACCUAUGAGAUUCUGGCAGGCGGCCAAGGAGAUUUUAUAAUUAGUAAUCGCACUGGGAGAAUCUCCGUGGCGCCUGGCGUCACUUUAUUCGUGGGACGAUCAUAUGCACUGACUGUCAGAGCGUCUGACAGUGCACCCGAGAACCAGAGAAGGAGCUCCAUCACAACAGUCUACAUUGAGGUUUUGCCCCCGAACAAUCAGAGUCCCCCACGCUUCCCCCUCUCCACCUACAACCUGGAGAUUAGUGAAGCAAUGAGGGUUGGAGCUAUUCUUCUCAAUGUGCAGGCCACUGACAGAGAAAAUGAUCCGAUCAGGUACCGCAUCGUGAGUGGAGACUCCCAGAAGGUCUUCAACCUCUCUGAAACGAUUGGUCUUCUCCUUCUGAGCAAGCCUCUGGAUAGAGAGACCACUGAUCAGUACCUUCUGAUCAUCACUGCCUCAGACGGAAACCCAGGAGGGAUAUCCACUGCUACAGUCAGUGUAGUCGUCACCGAUGUCAACGACAAUGACCCAAAAUUUGACCCAACAAUCAACACUAAUUUUACUGUCCAAGAAGAAAAGGCCAAUUUGUUUGUAGGACAAGUCAGGGCCACAGACCCAGACGCAGGAGUUAACGGACAAGUUUUCUACCGCAUUGUGGAUCAUCCUAACUUAUUUGUGAUCACUUCCAAUGGAAGCAUUUACACUAAAGUGCCACUAGACAGGGAGUCCAAGAACCAGUAUGACCUGAUAGUGGAAGCCUCAGAUGGAGCGGUGGACCCUCGACGGACAACCCUUGUUGUCUCCGUCCAGGUUUUAGACAUUGACGACAACAGUCCAGUCUUCUCCCAGAAAAUCUAUGUAGUGAAUGUACCUGAAAACACCCCUGUGGGAACUGUGGUUCUCAAACUAAGUGCAGUGGAUGCAGACCUCUUCUCCAAUGUCACAUACCGCAUGAAGACAGAAUCUGCCAGACAGCUGUUUUCUCUGAACUCUAUCACAGGGGAGCUUGCUGUUCUGCAGACUCUGGACUUUGAGGGUCUAGCAGCUAUGGGCAUGGGAGAGUCUUUUACGUUUCAGGUGGAAGCAGUUGACCAAGGAGGGGUAAUGCCCCCUGGUCAAGCCACAGUGACAAUCCAAAUCAAGGACAUGAAUGACUUCUCACCCAUCUUCAGUCAGGACCUGUAUAAAGGCAUGGUGGCACCUAAUGCAGAGAAAGGAACAGUCAUCACCACUGUUUUUGCUGAAGACCAAGACCCACCAGGCACUCCAGCAAGUAUCGUCCGCUAUAGAGUUGACCAUGAAAGGUCACCCUACAGUGGAAGCAUCUUUGAUGUGGAAGAGGUGACUGGAAGAGUAAUAACCAAGGUCAACCUCAAUGAAGAGCCCAGUGUCACCUUUAAGCUUUUUAUCAUAGCCUUUGAUAAUGGGGAGCCAGUGAAGACUAACAGCACCCUGGUUGAGAUCACUGUCCUUCAGCCAUCUCGCAUUCCGAUCUUCACUGAAGAAGAGUACACGUUUUCCCCGGUCAGAGAGCUGGCUCCAAUUGGUACUCCAGUAGGGACUAUUUUUGCUGCUGCUAUCAACCAAACCAUCUUCUACUCUAUUGUAGGAGGAAAUGAACUAGGUCACUUUAAAGUAAACAACCGUACAGGUGUCAUCUCAACAGCCAAGCCUUUGGAUUAUGAAAAUGUGACCAGUUACAUCCUCAGGGUCCAGGCAGACUCUUUGGUGGUCGUUAUGUCCAACCUCCGUGUGCCCUCUAAAACUAACACAGCCAAGGUGUUCAUAGAGGUGCAAGAUGAGAAUGACCACGCUCCCGUCUUCUCCAGGCAGCUGUACAUUGGUGGUGUGACAGAGGACACCAAGAUUUUCAGCUCUGUUCUCAAGAUAGUGGCCACAGAUAAGGACACAGGAAAUUACAGUGCCAUGGCAUACCGUCUGAUCAUCCCCCCUGCAGCAGAGGGUCAGGACAGCUUUGUCAUUGAGACCUACACAGGUGUCAUCAAGUCAGCCAUCAUGUUUCGAAACAUGCGCAGGUCCUACUUCAAGUUUGAAGUCAUUGCUACAGACGACUAUGGGAAAGGUCUAAGCAGCAGUGCCCAGGUUGUGGUUUCUGUAGUCAACGCCUUGGACAUGCAGGUGGUUGUGUCCACUGUCCCUCCCUCUUUAGUCGAAGAGAAAAAGGAGGAGCUCAUUAGGAUUCUGGAGCGGCAUGUCCAGGACCAGAUUCCAGGUGCAAAGAUUGUCGUUGAGUCUAUUGGACCACGUCGUCAUGGUGAUGGCUUUGAGCUCGAAGACUACAGUAAAUCAGACCUGAUUGUGUAUGCCAUUGACCCGCUCACCAACAGGGCCAUUGCGCCGCAGGAACUAUUCAAAUUUCUUGAUGGAAAUGUGCUGGAAAUCAAUAAAGAGUUCCAGCCUUACCUGGGUGAGGGUGGCCGCGUCCUCGAGAUCCGUUCUCCAAACAUCGUGGCCAGCGUGAAGAAGGCCGCUCAGGCUGUGGGCUACACAGAGGGGGCCUUGCUGGCCCUCGCAAUCAUCAUUAUCCUUUGCUGCAUCCCUGCAAUCCUCAUUGUCAUGGUCACCUACAAACAGUUUAAAGAACGUCAGGCUGAGUGUGCCAAAACUGCCAGGAUUCAGAAGGCUUUACCACCUGGAGGGAAGGCAGCUCCAGCAGCUGCUCCUACUACUAACCUCUACGAAGAGCUGGGCGACAGCAGCAUGAGACGAGGAUACGGAAGACAGCAACAGCAAGUGCUGAGGCCAUCUCUUCUAAGACCUGAGGACCUCUCCAUGGAGUCAGGUAUCGACCGAGGCCAGGACUACACUCAGGAUUACUAUAACUAUGACCAAGGGUACGACUUUCCUCAGUACGGCAGUAGGAGGAGGCUGAUAUCUCCCAUGUAUGAUGAAUAUGGAGAGGUGAUCUUGGAGGAUGAUGGGUAUUACUACAGUCAACAGGGCCCUGAGCCUGGAAGUAAGAAGUGGAUUAAGCUUGUGGUGGAUCAGCAGAAUGAGACAAGUUCGACCGGAGAGGAGAGCACUACAGAAAGCCAGCGGAACAGACUCCCCAACAACCACUGCAACAUCAACGGCAACAUUUACCUUGCACAGAAUGGCACUAUUGUGCGAACUAGGAGACCCCCCUAUGUGAAUAACCUGAAGUUUGGCUCUCCGUGCCGACUGAGUAAGCAUUUCAAAAAACUGGAAAAACUGGGUGUGACUCAGGAAGAACCGCCUUCCGUUAUUAGUGUUGAAAGCUCAGAAAACAACACAGAAAACGGAAUCGGUGUUCCCUCCAAGGAUGUAAACCUGAACACCUUGUCCUCCUGUGGCUCCUUGGGGUCCACCAUAACAGAUCUGAAAGGUUUUGGGUCCAAAACAAGUAUUGCUAAAGCCAUGAUUAGCAGAAACAGCAGUGGCUCAUGUGUGAGUGAGGAGCACGAGUCUUCUGUUGACCACCAGAAGAAAAAGAAUGAAACACCAGAGUCACUCGGCAACCACACAUUAUCAGAGGAAGAAUUGUGGAUGGGACCAUGGAACAGUCUGCACAUACCAAUGACCAAACUCUGACUGACCCUGCACAAAAGCAUCUAAACCCAUUUUAGAGUCAUCACACAAUGUGUGCCUCAUCUGGAUCAGCUCCAGUUUCUAACAGGUGAUUUCACUUAAAGUAGUUUCCUUUUUCUUUUUUUUCUUUUUUACUCAAAAAUUAAAUUUUUAAAGCCUAUUUGUACCCAGCAUUCAACAUUGUUAUACACCAAUGGAAGUUGUGAAGCAAAAAGGCAAUUAGGGCCAUAAUGAGUUCACACAUUUUUGCUAUUUUCCGCUUUUAAAACUGAACAUAAAAAAGUGCAGGUAUUAACAUUUGUCUUUUUUUUUUUCAUAAUAAUUUGUUAGGGCCACCAUUAAGGACAUUAUUUUAUUUACAUAGGAGAAAAAAGUGAUAAAAUUAUGAGGAACAAAAUCUAAAUUUACAGGAGUAAAGUAAAAUUAUUUUUUUUAAAGUCAAAAAAUUUGACUAGAAUAAACUCGUCCAAUCAUUACAAAAAAGUCAACAUUUUACAGAACUAUAAAUUUAUUUUUUAAAAGUUCUAAUUUUACAAGGAAAAUGUCUAUGUCGAAAUAUUUUAAACGAUAAAUGCUAACAUUGUAUUUCAGAAUUUUCCCAACUGACUUUUUCCAUGUAAGAUAACGACUUUUUUAAGAUACAUUUAUGACUUUAUUCUCGUGGAUUGUUUCUUUUACUUCUAAUUGUACUAUUUUAUUCCCAUAAAAUUACAACUUUUUUCUCAUAACGACUUUAAUCACAUAAAAUGAUGUUAUUAUGACGUUAAUUUACGACUUGAUUCCCAUUUGCAUUUGCUUUUAUGAUGGCUCUUAAACUCCGUCCUACAUGUAUUUUUAUUUAAUAAUAAAACAAAUCAACAAUCAUUGUUUAUUUUACAACAUUGUUAAAAAAUAUAUUUACAAAAAGAUUGUUAUGAGAGAGCAAUGUCAUAGUCUAUGAAUAAAUCAACAGAACUUAUUUUGCUAAUAGUAAAAAUUAUCUUUAAAAUGUAAAUCAGAUUGUCUUUGAUUUUAUGUUGUUGUAUCUCUUGGAAAUGUUUUUUUAAAAAUCCAAAAAGUGUAUAAAAUUAUUUUUGUCUAUUUUGUAUCAAGCUGAGAUGCAGAAUCUAUUAUAUGAUGUUAGAGAAAUUAUAUCCACACGACUGUCAUAGCUGGAUUUGAACAGUGAACUACGACAGUUUGAUCUGUGUUUUUAUAUGGACAUUUGUACCUACAGAAUGUGAUAUUUUCAGUCCCUUUACAUGAUGCAGAUUCUUUCUGUUCAUGUCAUUGGUUAUUGAUGGAAAACCAAAAAUCGUAUAUCUCAUUUAAGAAUAAAGCUCUAACCUGUU